AUUCUUAUAUUUUAUGUCUUUUCUAGCUACAUAUUGUACAGUUUUCUUGCAUGUGUAUUGAAUGAUCGAUACUCUUUGGCGAUGUUAAAAGCACGCAUGCGCUAGUUGAGUAAAUAUAUGCAGAAAAGCCACCGGUGGAGGAUGAGCACUUAUGAUGAGACAUAGACGCUCAUUUAACGCAGUGAUGUUUUUGCAUUCGCAUCGUAUGUGCGUUUAUAUAAGCGUGUGUGUGUGUAAUGAAUAACAUUUGAUCGUGAUAUAUCACACCAUGCGUUUGUAUAACAUUGUCUCUUUUCAGAAGUGAAGUGUGGGAAUGCACCAGUGCGGAGGGGGUGGAAGAUGGAAACCUUGGAAAAAUGGGGCAAAGACUUCAAGGCAUCUCAUCAGCCGGAUAGGAAAGAUUAUUCCAAACAAAAUGGCAUGAUUGCCAAAAACCUGCUCAACUCUCUCAAGAUUCGCAAUCGUUUGCAGCUGCAACCCAUUUCUCGUUCAGCAUGUGCUACUGGCUCCUGUCCGGAUCUGAUGAGUAGGAACGAGCAGCCAGAUCCUCGGCCACUGGCCGUGGCCCUGACACCCCAGCUGCCCCCCAGAACCCAUCGGCCCCUGUGUCUCUCUGUGUCCUCUGACAGCAAUGGACGCUUCAAAGCUCUGGAGACCCAGGAGUGGAAGAACAACCUUAAAGCUCAGAUGGAACAGGCACACAGUGCCGGGGCCGCCAGCAGCACAGGUUCCCUGGAGAGAGCGUCGCUGUUUUGUGCUUCGGGAUCCACGACCACCUCUGGCUCCGGCCUCUCCAGUCCAGUGGAGCAUCUCACCAAGAGCAAGUCCUCGAGUCGCUUCUCUCUCUUCUCCCCUCCAUGGAACAGCAGCUCCGAGUCCGACUCCAACCCUCCGUCUCGCUCCGGAUCCAAGAAAAUGCGCAACUACAGCCGCAGGGCGGUUCCAGGCGGUGCCAAAACAGGCCCCGAGACCCCGGAGCCCAAGCAGAGCAUCUCUGAGCACUUCCAGUACUCGGAGCCAGUCAUUUCCAAGGUCACGGACUACAUUUACGUCGGAAACCUGAACGCCGCUUACAGCGGACGCACGUUGUGCCGUAACAACAUCGACAGCAUCAUCGACAUGAGCAGUCUUCCUGGAGAGACUUGUCUGAGACUUAUUCCCUGCACUUGUUCGAGGGCUGUCAAGCACAGCUGGUCUCGGCUCAAAGUGGACAUUAGCGAUCUCCCGGACGCUUUCCAGGAAGGGCUGGCCCUUAAACACCGCUGCUUCGAGGACAUCAACGAAUGCAUCGACGCGUCCACGGAAAAGAGGAAGCGCGUGCUGGUGCAUUGUCGUGACGGGUUCUCUCUCGCCCCCACCUGCAUUAUUCAGUACCUCAUGGUGAAACAAAACAUGAAGCUCAUCGCCGCCUAUGAGCUGCUCAGAGCCAAACACCCUGUCAACAUUCGCGAGUCCCAUCAGAACGUUCUGGUGAGUCUCGAAAGAGCCCUCAGACCGGGUGGCAACACGGACCCAGAGUGCUUUAAACAGGCUAUUUCUCGCAAAAUUGCCUGGACCUGAUGUGCAGGCACGUUUUGUACUUGGUGUAUUUAUUUUUGUGUUAUCAGUGAAGGCAGCUUUUGUUUGUGUUUUAAAGGAAUAUUAUACGAAAAAUGAAAGUUGUAUCAUUAUUUUCACUUACGUUUAUGCUGUUUCACCUGAAACAUUUUGAAAAAAGAGAGAAAUUUCGGAGAAUGUGCCAAGUUUUUUUCGUACGGUUACGAAGAAUAACAAGUUGGGCUUUCGAACUAUAUAAGUAUGCAAAAGCAUCAUAAAAGUAGUCCUUGCUACUUUCGUUGCUGCUUCGCUACACUGCAAAAAAUGAUUUUCAAGAAAAAAUUCUUAGUAUUUUUGUCUUGUUUUGAGUAAAAAAUCUAAAAAAAAUCUUAAAUUAAGAUGCUUUUUCUUGAUGAGCAAAACGACCCAAGAAAAUAAGUCUAGUUUUAAGACCAAAAAUAUCAAAGUGAUUUUGUGCAUAAAACAAGCAAAAAAAAUCUGCCAAAGGGGUAAGCAAUUUUUUCUUGAUUUUUUUUCUUGAUUUUAGUGUAAGAUUUUUUUGCUUGGUUUAUCUUGGUUAGUCUAAAAACUAGACUUAUUUCUUGGGUCUUUUUGCUUAUCAAGGAAAACAUCUUUAUAUAAGAAUUUUUAGAUAUUUUUACUGAAAACAAGACAAAAAUACUAAGAAUUUUUUUCUUGAAAAUCAUUUUUUGCAGUGUACAUGUGUCAAAAGUCACACUGCAAAAAAUGAAUUUCUUACUUAGUAUUUUUGUCUUGUUUUCAGUAGAAAUAUCUAAAAAUUCUUAAUUCAAGAUGUAUUUUCUUGAUGAGCAAAUUACCUAAUAAAAUAAGUCUACUUUUUAGACAAAAAAUAUACAAUUUAAGUGAAUUUGUGCUUAAAACAAGCAAAAAAUCUGCCAAUGGAAUAAGACAUUUUUUGCAGAAUUUUUCUUGUAUUAAGUAAAUUUAAGAAAAAAUGUCUUAUUCCAUUGGCAGAUUUUUUUAGAUGUUUCUACUGAAAACAAGACAAAAAUACUACGUAAGAAAGUCAUUUUUUGCAGUGCAUACAAGCUAGUAAUAAUGACUUGGUUUUCAUUUUUUGGAACUGUUCCUUUGAAACGGAUCUUGAUUUCAAAGUGCGCGAGUACUAAUUGUGACAAUAAGUCGAAAACAAAGCUGGAAAAUUUGAGUUAUUUGUUUUGCUUAAACUAAUAAAUCAAAUAAACGUACAGAAGCUUUGUGCAGCUGCUAAACAAUGGGAUGUGUUUGGAAAUAUAUAUAUUUUUUUCUUAAUGUAGUGCAGGGUUAUGGUGAGAGAGAAUUUGGCGAGAGCUCUCAGGAGACCAAAUGAUGUCACAUUUGACUGCGAAACACCACUAUCAACGUUGAAACAUGGUAACCGAAACUAAACAAAAAUAUCGUAACACAGGUACAGAUGGCAAAGCACAACUUUUGUUGCACUCCUUUGAUUAGCAACUGGUGAUAUAUUUGUCAUAUAUUGGUGAUAAAAUAUUUUUCUGUGUUCAGGGUUGAAAAGAUACAAAGUAAGAGUAGUCCUCUAUGAGGAGUCAUUUCAUUUAUCGAGUGUCUUUUCCAAUAUAAUAUUCAAAUAUGGAUUUCAGUGCUUGGAAAAAUGUGAAUUUUGUGAUUGUGUAAGCAUUGAAACCCCCCACUUUUUCUUUUUAUGGAGUGUUGGGAUUAUGAAUUGUGGAGUUGCAGGCUUAAUAUUGCACUAACCACAAGGAAAUGCACAAGUAAAGAGUUUUUUUUUCCUCACGUGUGGCUUAGUUUGAUUCAAUGUUGCGCAGUGAACCUAGAUGAAAAAUAUUUUUGAUGACGAUAAUGUUUAUGCUUGGCUAUAUUGAUUGUUGUUCAUGGUUUCUAUUGUUAUUUCAUUUAGCCAUUUUGAAAAAACGCAACAACAACCCAGAUAGCACACGCACGUCACGCACAAAUGUGCGCAUUUUCAUACGAACAACAACAUUUUGUGUGUAAGCUAGUGUUAGAUAUGCCAUUGCAACAUUAUCUUUUGAGUGUUGUAUAAAAAACGAAAGUUAGUGGCGUUUUACGAUGCGACAUAUCAACGCGACUAACUUAUUUUUAACUAUAAAGUAUUUUUGUUGCUUAUAUUGUAAAUAGUGCAUUAUAUUGAUAUUCACAGGAAAAUGUUAAUAAUGAAUUUGCUAUUAUAAAGCUACACAAAUAAAAAAUUUCAUGUUUUACAGAUAAUGCUGAUAAUUUUUAUUGGCAUCUAUGUGAUAUGCGUGUGCUCACUGGGAUUUGGCUCUUUUGACGCGGCUUCUGUGAUCAUUAUAUUUUCAUAUUUCGUACGCGGUUUGGUAACGAAAGAACCUCCUGAGUUUUGGUGCCUUUUGUUUGAAAUUGUCCAGUGUGAUUAUUGUGACAUUCACACACGCACACUGUAUGCACACAUCAGGUAUUAACGAAAUGUUGUCUUUAUGCUUUGACAUGUUCAGGAAAUGCUCCAUGUCGGUGUAAUAUUGUGCUCACAGUGGCUGUAUUUUAAGCAGUGUGAUGGUGAUGUCAGUCGAUGUGACCUCUCUUUUACAGGCCUGCUAUUAGCUUAAAACAUUAGCGAAGCUAUAUUUCGAUUCAAAUGAAACAUUUACCGUCGCUUUAUUAUAUCCAUUAGCCUAUUUGCAUAUAUUUUUGGAUGGUUGGUCUCUCCCCAUAAAGGUCUAACAACAUGAACUCUCAGGUUAACUUUAUUGGCCUAGAUAGAAAACAUUCUCGAAUAGUUAGAAACCAGAAUAAUGUGAGGCGAUGUAUUUUCGCGUAUCACGUUUUUGAAGUACAAUGCAUUUGUAUAUGUUGAUAUUAAAGAGAAGUUGAUGCACUGUUGACUUUGAUGUCUUGUUGAAUUCAUUUUAUAUUCAAAAACAAGUGAUAAUGUUAAAAUAUGCUUUAAAGGUGCAGUGUGUAGGAUUUCUUGAGAGAAAUGCAAUAUAAUGUACAUAACUAUAUUAUCAGUGGUGUAUAAAGAUGUUACAUAAUGAA